AAGACCUAAAAGCCAAUAGAUAACCUUUAAGAAGGAAUCCUUUAGUUUAGCGAACAAUCUUACACAUAAAUAGAAAUGUGGAAUCGGAGAACAUCAACCACAGAUCUCUGCAGAUAGCUCCUCUCGAAUGGAAAUGCUUUCUUAUAUGGCUGCGAGGAAGCAUUAAAAAUGCACUGAGUAUAAGAUGAUUCCCACAGCUCCCUGGCAAUGCGGAAGUCUUUGGGCUUGGAUCGGCGGCCAUUGAACCGUGUCCAGAAAUCGGGUUUUCUUGGUCUUCUUGUCCAGAGGUGGGCUCGCCUUCAGUGCGGCUAAGAACCUAAAAUCAUUCACCAAACGUCUUUGGAGCACAUCGGUCCUGUCGUUUUUCGCUUGGGAAAAAUGUGCAAGUUCACCAACCGGCUGUUCGUCUUUGCCCUGCUCAUGCUGGCAUUUGGCAAACUGCUGGCCCAACCCGUUGGUGGAAAGAUUAGGCCGGGGAAUUCGAGGAACGUGGUCAGCGACCUGCUGGAGGUCUUGUAUGAUGAUUACUCCGAAAAUGGUUUCCAGCGGGAGGACAUUCUCUACGAUCAGAGGCAGAAGGGCGCCGAAAACUUUCAACUCAAGGUGGAUGGGGUCGUCAUAGGCAUGGCCCCUCAAAUGGGUUCCAACUGGCUGUAUUCAAUGGCUGAAUACUACUUGAGUGAAAUGAUGUUGCGACAAUCUACUCCAGAACCGGAUACAAUUCAAAUGUACGAAAAGGAUUCAGGUACAGAAACGGAAUCUGGAGCCCCCGAGAACGUUACUAAAAUUCCAGAGCAGAUCAAAAAUGAUUUGGAAAGUAGACAACAUCAAAUUAUAGCUUCUCAGAACUCAAGCCGGACUCCAUCUCAACUGCUCCAGUUGCUAAAGAUGCUGAAAAGCUCAAAGGCAUAAAAUUGUAUAUUUAGAAAAUGCAGUUAGUUG